UUGAGUCCCCAGUGUAUCUCUCACUUCUCCGAUGGACGGGUAUCCUCAUCAGAGUGCAAAGUUGGUGUCAAUAUCGCCAAAUAAAUUUGGUCAAAUUUUUCAACUCAAAGUUAAGCACGUCAGUUGAAAAUUGUUAGCCUAAUCGGAUAUUUGUGGAUUAAAUCGAACGAUUUAAUAGUCCUCCCGGUAACAUCCGAAACUACGCGGAACAAUGUGGAAAUUCAUGAUGCUGACAAGCCUAUCAAUAGGCAUCUGCCAAAGUCAAUUGAAUUUCGAAGGAAGCCCACAGACAGACAGCACGGACUACACCGCCGAAGAGUCCCAUUAUUCGAUCCGCGAGGAAAUCGCUAAAUCGCGAGAAUUGAAUCCACCGAGUGGCAGGAAAACCGACACUUACACGACAGGAGAAAACAUUGGACCGAUAACAGACGCGCGAUCAAUAUCACCGAGUGUAAAAAGAGUGUUGAAAAAUGAAGGUGCAACGAACCUCGUCUCCGACGUGGGUAUGAGAAUCUACCCGAGUGCCAUGAGACGGAAUGAAACCGAUCAAACCCCCCGUCACCUCUCCUCAGACCCCCUGGACACCUUCCUAAAUUCCAGAACUCCCCAGGAGUCCCAAAUAGCCCUGGACAACUACUUAAAAAGUCACCACUAUCCCAACUCCUCCCCUCACUCCCCACCGACAAAUAUAAUUAAUCAAAUGACACAAAAUACCGAGGACAAUCAGAACACCCUGAAUAUUCAGUCUAACGCGCCCCAAUACCUCAGCAAUGAUCAGACUAACAUCAACACAUUGAACAGUCCUCCGAAUAUUAAUCAAGCACAGUUGCCAGUUAGUGCUCCUCAGCAGAAUGGACAGAUCAUUAAUCCCCAGGUCUAUCAAACACAUCCAUUAGCACCGGUUUGGCCGCUAACGACUUUCCAGAGUAGACGAGACGUCAUUCCCAUACCCAGAAGACGACCCAUCUAUCAUCAUCGAGGUGCACCGCGUUAUCGUAACAGAUAUCACGCCCAAUCGAGAAUUGGUCCGCCUUUUAUUGCAAAACCACCGCUAUCACCUGGACCCCAUGGAACUCCUAUUUAUCCUGGUGAUAAACCCAUCGAGGUGAUCUAUACGAAACCACCGGGUUUACCCGGACCUCCCAAUUCCCCAGGUGCCUACAACGGUCCCAGUGAAUAUUUCCCCGAGAGCGAGCAUCCCCCUCUCAAUAAAGACGUUUAUUACUCACAGUUAUGGGCUCAGUCUUACGAUCCCCAUUACUAUAAUUAUAUCGCUAAGACUGGCAAGAUCAAACCGUGGCUUUAUGGAAAACUCGGGAAACAGGAGGAGAAGGGGUUCUGGCAUGAGUUGUAUGUCAGUUUUAAAAAGCAUGGGAUGAAGAAUAUGAUGAAUCCCAUGUUUUUACUCGGAUUGUCGAUACCUGCGGUUACUCUUAUGCUCAGUGCGAUGGUUGGGAAGAGAUCGUUUGGGAGGGCUUAUCAGGAUGGAUUGACGAUCGGCGAGGACACCAUCGAAGAACUCGCUCAGAGGAUCAGACAUGCCAUCGAAUGCUAUCAGAAGCAGGGAAAAUGCUCUGGAGACUUCCGGUCUUGAUUCCAGGCAGGCUAAUUCGAUAUUAAUUUUGGAAUUGACCCAUGGAAAUGCAAAUUAUCUUUCAGGGUGGGAAUAUCGGCAGUCAAUUGAGUGAAAAAAUUAUCCGUGUGGGGUAUGGGGGACGAAUUUAUAAUGGAAUGAUUUUAAUCGAACAAUUGAAAACGACCCCAGGGGUCAUGGGACCCAGACAGCUGUAUACGAGAUAACGAUCUAUUAUUUAACCUACCAUUACAAGGUGGGAGGUACUGGUGACACGGCACAAGUGCAAAUUGAAUUUUCUUCGGUUUGUUUUCAAUUGUUUGAGAAUUGUUGAACGCUUUAAUAUAAACAAGGUGGUUAAUACAAAUUGAAAUUCAGGAGCGAAUUGGUAAACUACUUUGCCAUUUUUAUUAAUUAUCGAUUUAUCUUGAAAACGGAUAAUUAUGGGUGGAUGCUGUGAAGGACCUUUUUUACGGAGGUUUACAUUUUUUAUAAAAAAGAUCUUCUUGUAUUUUUUUGGGGGAUCAGCAGAUCAAUCGAUAUUUAAUCAUUUUGGAAAUGAGUUCAAGGAAAUUUCAUUCA